AUGUGGCAGGCAUGUGGGGCUCUCCUUGGCCACUUCUGGCAACUGAUUUGGAGCCACAUCUGGUUGGCUACACUGGGACAUGUCUGGCAUAUAUAUAGCUCAUUUAUCAUUAUAGUCGUGCUGUUCCCAGCCAGAGGUUUUGUGAAACUGACCAGGCAAUAUCUUUAUCAGCCUCAAGAGACUAGUGGCUUGCUUCAGUGCCAGACGGAGUUUGAGGAGAUUAGCCCCUUGCUCCAGUGCCAACAGGAGCCAAAGAUGGCUAGUCCCUUGCUCCAAUACAUUCAUGAGCCUGAGGAGGUUAGCCCCGUGCUACGAUACCUACAGCACCCCAAAGAAUUUGCUGCUUUGCACCACCAACUACCGCAGCCUGAGGAAAAGGCUGAUCCCUCAGUCCAGCAGUCGAAGGAACUUAGCCCUAUACUCCAGUGCCUACAACAGCUGGAGGAGAUUGGUACUAACCUGCUCCAACGGGACAGCUGCCUCAAGCCUUCCUGCCCAAGAAAUGCCAGCAAAGUGGAGAAUGUGACUCAGGUGCCCAUGGACACGGCCUUUUCAGUUCCUGCCGCCACAUACCAUGAAACCAGCAUGGCCGAUGGUCCAACAGAAGUGCUUGGAUAUGGAAACAAGGAACAGGUCACAUACAACAUGGCUGGGGUACAGUCCAACAACAAAAAGGCCCCCUCAAGGAGCUCCAGUAACACCUCCUCGAAUUCCAAGAGCCCAACAGAGAACAAAACAACUGUGAGUGCAUCCCCAGACCUGCCUCAGACAUCACCAUCCACAGAGCAUUUCCAAAUCAGAAACCACAACAAACAGAACCUAAGAUCCAAAUCUCCCCCUGCCCUCUGUAUUCACACUGAAUCACCCAAAAUAUCUGCAGGGAGAAAAGACAGCCUGGACAGCACAACUUCCAAGGGAACAGGGAAUCACUCGAAGGGGAGACUUGGAAGCUCCAGACCAUCUGUUAAAUCUAGCCAAGAAGAAAUGGAAGAUGGUUUUACUAAUUCAGAUGAAAUAAUGGGCAGGCAAUAUCGACCUAUAGGUACUCGAUUACUUGGAUCUCCCCGGAAGAACAUCAAGGGCAGCUGUGAAGACAUGAAAGAAGCCAAGGAUGUUAUGAGUGCCAAAGAGUCUUUGGCAUCAAGUGAGCAAGAUGUCAAAGCAGAAGGAAAGCCCCUUCAGGAGAAAAAAAACAGUCUAAUACCUGCUAAUAUCAAGGCCAAGUUUGGCACAUCUACAGUGGAGAAGCUGGUCUCUGAGGAGCAGGCACGCCGCACUCUCUGUGAGGCUGGGCUGAUUCAAGGGCAGAAGCGCCUCAGUGACUGGACAUACAAGCCACUAGAGAAUCCUAUUGCAUCUUCACCUUAUGCUGAUUAUUAUGAACUAGGAUACAACCUGAGGUCCAACAUUUUCCAAGGAGGACCAUUAGAAAGCAAAAGCCUGAUGAGGGAUUCCUAUACCCCAGAUGUGAUAAAGAGGGCAAUUCGGGACCCCAAACAUUGGCACGGAAGGAAAACCGAUGAUCUAGGGAGAUGGUUCCAGAAAAAUGCCCUAAACCUUAACCUUCAAAAAGCUUUGGAACAAAAAUAUGGGGAGAAGAGCAAAGGCAGCAAAUCCUAAGGAAUAAAAGAGGGAUGAAGACCUUUUGGGAAAGAUAUCUGACUCUCCCUAGCAGUGGAAUAAACCUCCAUGCAGCCUCUGUUUGUGUGUGCUCUGUAUAUUAAUA